GAUUGUCGGCUGAGGAUUUCGGAAGUGGAUCUGGGGGGCAAAAGCUGGAGAGACGCUUGGUCUUAGAAAGUUCCGGGGUGGCCGGGAGAGAAGGCUCGCGCCUGCCGCCUGAGCGUUGGGAAGCAGAGGCGGGGAAUGCCGCCUUCCACCGACACCCUGAGCUACGGAGCUGAGAUUCUCUCAGAGACCAAAUACGUCAAUAAAUGGUUAAUGAGAAGAUCCCCGGUGGAGUUAAUGUUGGCAGAGGCGUUGGUGGAGUCGCUGCUCCCAGCUCAGGCACUAACAAUGGAUACCCAGAAAGACGUCCAACCCCCAAAGCAGCAGCCUAUGAUAUAUAUUUGUGGAGAGUGUCACACCGAAAAUGAGAUAAAGUCCAGAGAUCCAAUCAGAUGCAGAGAAUGUGGAUACAGAAUAAUGUACAAGAAAAGGACUAAAAGAUUGGUGGUUUUCGAUGCCCGGUGAAAACGUGAAAUUCAGGAGUGUCUUCGUUCAACAUUUGCCCCACUGAUGCUUCUCUGUGUAGCUUUACGACUACAACUGUGUACCUGUGGUUUCACUUUAGAAACAUGAUUGUAUUUUAAUACUUGUAUAAAGGAAGUUUUGGUUUAGCAUACGACUUUUAAUUUAUUGUGCCUAUAAUCUCUCACACAAUGAAGAUUAAAGUUGUUUCCCCAAACCUCA